CUCAAGCUUCCUGUAUAAAUACAUGUAGCUUUCUCACUGCUACUGCAUGCAAGCUGUGACGUGCUUUUUAAGAUAUAAUGGCAACAUGCUCUUAAAAGCAGGGAGGGGAUUAUUUAUUCGUGUGGCAAAAGGGCUGGGAGACAAGUCCUGUUACAGUCCUGAAGAGUGCAAAGCUGUCAGACACACAGCUAAAGGAAGAGAGUGUGUGUGAGAGAAAUCUGUUUCUGCUUUAGACUGUAAGCUACAGUGGUUGUGACAUGAAGCUUUGGAGCACUGAAGUGUGAGUGAAGCUAUUGAAAAGUCAAACAGCUGGGAGUGAACACUACCCUCCGUUCAAGACUGGCCAGAAUAAGAGUAAGACAUUGAACGGAUGAGUUCUGCUGGUAAGAACUGCAAUCACACCAUGACAGCCGGAGAGGCAGAAGCUGGGGAAUUAGUUCUGGAGCCCCUGGUCACUUGCAAGCUAUGUCUCUGUGAAUAUUCUCUUGAUAAGAUGACCACACUUCAGGAAUGCAGCUGCAUCUUUUGUACAGCGUGUCUAAAACAGUAUAUGGAGCUGGCAAUUCGAGAAGGCUGUGGUUGUCCUAUCGCUUGUCCAGACAUGGUGUGCUUGAAUCAUGGGACCCUACAAGAAUCAGAGAUUGCCUGUUUGGUACCUGUUGAUCAGUUUCAGUUAUAUCAGCGACUGAAAUUUGAACGAGAAGUUCAUCUGGAUCCAAACAGAAUGUGGUGCCCUGAUGCUGACUGCCAGACUGUGUGCUAUGUUGAAUUGAAUGAUUUGGGACAAGCAGUGCCGGUAGAAUGCCAGGCAUGUCACCUGAAGUUCUGUUCAUCUUGCAAGGAAGCAUGGCACCCAGAAAGCUUGUGCCAAGAAAACCAACCCAUUGUAAUGCCAACUGAGCAUGGAGCACUUAUCAGAACUGACACAGAGGCUCCAAUUAAACAGUGUCCAGUGUGCCGGAUCUAUAUUGAACGAAAUGAAGGUUGUGCUCAAAUGAUGUGUAAGAACUGCAAGCAUACAUUUUGCUGGUACUGUCUACAGAACUUGGAUAAUGAUAUCUUCCUAAGACAUUAUGACAAAGGCCCCUGCAGAAAUAAACUGGGCCACUCCCGAGCCUCUGUUAUGUGGAACAGAACACAGGUUGUGGGCAUCCUGGUGGGUCUGGGCAUCAUAGCAUUGGUGACAUCUCCUUUGCUGCUUGUGGCAUCUCCAUGUAUUAUCUGCUGCAUCUGCAAAUCAUGCCGAGGCAAAAAGAAAAAGCACAACCCACCCACAACCUAAAACUCGGUGUGCGUCUUUGCAUCCGGCUAUACAGUAUCUGUGUGAGAGAGAAAGCACAAAGGUUGCAUUUUGGUGCCAUCCCUACCAAAUACUUUUCCCUCUUCUGGCCAACUUUUGGGAUAAGUGCCUCUACUUUACAGGCUACUAUAUCAUUUGCAAGUCACAGUGCAGGAAAAGACUAGGAAUCUGUGGUGUGUAUAUAUGGUUAUGUCAAAAAAAUGGUCAGGUAGUUUAGGCUCCAUAUAUGUUCCACCUUUGAACAUGAUAGAAGCUCUAAGAAAGAGAGAACUUCUUACAGUCUGAAUGUGUGUUGUUCCUGCAGUAUUGUUCUUCUGCCUUAGCAGAACCACUCAUUCAACCAACUGAGGGAGCAUGUGUAAACAUAUAAGACUUCCUCUUAAAACUCUGCUAAUACAU